AUGUCUCCUCCGGGAUCAAUUAGCAAUUUGGACUGGGAACCCAGCUUCAACACCGUUGCCGUACAUGGUGGACAAGAGCCGGACCCAAUCAACGGCUCCAGAGCAGUUCCCCUAUACCAAACUGCCGCCUACAACUUUUCCGACGCAGCUGAUGGAGCAAGCAAAUUCGCUUGGUCCAGGGAUGGAUAUGUCUACACACGUAUGGGCAAUCCCACCAACACAGUCUUCGAGAACCGAAUGGCUAUGUUGGAGGGUGGCGUCGGUGCUGUAGCCACCGCAUCUGGUCACGCCGCGCAAUUCAUGGCCUUGACACAAUGUUGCGAACCCGGUCACAAUUUCAUCAGCACCAGUUGGUUGUACGGUGGCAGUUUCAAUCAAUUCCGGGUAUAUCUGAGCAAGUUCAAGAUCAACGUUAAGUGGGUAAUCGGAAACGAUCCCGCCAAAUUCGAAGAACAAAUUGACGAAAACACGCGAGCCAUUUACAUCGAGACGAUCAGCAACCCCAAGCACAGCGUUCCGGAUAUUGCAGCCAUCGCUGCCGUCGCGCACAAGCAUGGCAUUCCCUUAGUUGUCGACAACACCUUUGGCAUGGGCGGGUACCUGUGCCAGCCAAUUAAGCUUGGAGCCGAUAUCGUCACACACUCGGCCACGAAAUGGAUUGGCGGACACGGAACCAGCAUGGGAGGCAUCGUGAUUGAUGGCGGUCACUUUGACUGGAGUGCAUCGGGGAAGUUCCCCGGCUUCACGGAGCCGGCAGAGGGUUACCACGGCAUGCGAUUCUGGGAGACGUACGGAUACAAGGCAUUGGCGGCGAAGGUGCGAAUGGACAGCAUGCGUGAUCUCGGUCCUUGCAUGAGUCCUUUCAACGCCUGGCUAUUUCUCCAGGGCCUAGAGACCUUGCCACUCCGUGGUCAGAGGACCGUCGAGAACACGCAGAAGCUCGCUGAGUGGCUCGAGAGCCAUCCUUGCGUUAACUGGGUAUUGUACCCCGGUUUGAAGUCGCAUCAAGACUAUGAGCUGGCAAAGAAAGUGAUGCCAAAGGGACAAGGUGGCGUCUUGACUUUUGGUGUGGCUGGAAAAGUCGAGCAAGUCCGCGCCGUGGUCGACAAUCUCAAGAUGGCUAGCCACUUGGCCAACGUCGGAGACUGCAAAACUCUCAUCAUCCACCCCUGGGUUACGACACAUCAGCAGAUGCCCGAUGACGAAAAAAUAAAGGGCGGCGUUACGCCCGACCUCCUGCGUGUCAGCUUGGGCAUCGAAGACUUCGAAGACAUCAAGAAGGAUUUCGAGCAAGCCUUCAAGGCCGCUGGGCUUCAGAAGGCGGAGAAGACCGGAAUAGAUCCCUUCCAGACCGCCGCCAACCUCGUGAGCGGCGGAUUUAUGGGCAAGCUGGCAACUGGCCCACCGCGACCCGGGACUGAUGGCACUAUCCAGGCAUAA